UUAAUUUCCAUUCUAGCAUGGCGAAAGCGAGUACAAUCAGCUUGGUCGACUUGGAGGCGAUAGCCCUCUUAGUGAAAAUGGGAUAAAGUAUGCUGAAAAGUUGAAUGAAUAUUUUGAAGGUAUAUGUGAAGGCCUCACGUACGAAGAUUUCCAGAAUCGCUACCCUAAACAGUUUGCAGAACGUGACAAAGAUAAGUACCACUACCGAUAUCCAAGCGGAGAGAGUUACGAAGACUUAGUAACCCGAUUAGAGCCAGUUAUAAUGGAGCUUGAACGUCAAUCAAACAUCCUUGUCAUUUCUCACCAGGCAGUGUUGAGAUGUAUUCUGGCUUACUUCACCAACAAAAACACAGAAGAAUUGCCAUACCUGAAGGUACCGCUGCACACAGUAAUCAAAUUGACUCCAAAAGCUUAUUCAUGCGAAGUGGAAAUGUUCAAAUUCGACAUCAAAGCAGUCAAUACGUACCGAGAAAAGAACCAACCUGUAAGUUUGAAGAUAUCCUCUUCCCUUGCGUCUUUGUUCUCAAACAAGGAAUAA